UGGACACAAGAAUGUUGUGCCGUGAAAGUUGGCAGAAGCUUGAAGAUAUCCGCGUUUGUGCUGGAGAAUUAAGUGAUAUUUCUGAAUGUAGGCUAUACUGAAGAUCAUAUAUCAUCUCGCUGGCUGAACUUUGACAGGACCCUAUAGUUUCCCUUACGCUUUUCACGCGCAUAUAGAACACAAAUUUCACCUGGGAUUAAUGUACAUGGUGAAAGUGUUCUUCUUUUCUAUUAUUCAUUAUUGAUAUAUUGUAGCCUACAGGUAAAUGUGCCAUGCCGUUUGAGGAGUUCAUCGCGGGAUGGAUUUCAGGUGCUGUUGGUUUAGUUGUCGGACACCCUUUGGACACAGUAAAGGUGCGCUUGCAGACCCAGUCUGUGUAUAAAGGGAUAUUUGAUUGUGUGGUCAAAACUUACACACAUGAAGGAUUCCAUGGAUUUUUUAAGGGCAUGUCAUUUCCUGUCCUCUCUGUUGCCCUUAGCAAUGCUGUGGCCUUUGGUUCCUACUGUAAUGCCCUGGAUUACCUGACCCGGUCCAACCGCAGCGGCUCUGACCAAAACAAGCGCUCGCCGCUCACAGCGGUGUUCAUUGCUGGAUGCUUCUCAGGUCUAGCACAGUUGUUUGUUACAGCUCCGAUAGACCUGGUCAAAGUGCGUCUGCAGAACCAGACGGAGGGCAGGCCAGGUGGGAGUAAAUACAGAGGCCCCAUGCAUUGUGUAGCUGUGAUCUUACGGGAGGACGGGGUGAGAGGGCUUUUCAGAGGAGCGUGGGCUCUGGCCCUACGAGACGUGCCUUGUUACGGACUUUACUUUCUGCCGUACGAGCUCAUGUGCAGGAUGAUGACUGAGGAAGGAAAGCAGCCAGGUAAGGAUGCAGUGCUAUUGGCCGGUGGUGUUGCUGGUGUGGUCACAUGGGCCUGCGCUACACCCAUGGACGUGGUGAAGGCUCGCCUGCAGAUGUGUGGAGGUGGCGGUCGAGUGUAUGCUGGUGUUCUGCACUGCAUCACUGUGAGUGUGUGUGAAGAGGGCGUGCGAGUGCUGUUCAAAGGCCUUCUCCUGAACAGCGUCAGAGCGUUCCCUGUGAAUGCUGUGACCUUCCUCAGCUUUGAGAUGCUAAUGAGAGCCAUGACUGACGACUCCUCACACUGAGUUCUGCAGGGAUGGUGGAGUUAUAGGCCCAAACCUGAUACCUGUUAGCAUUUUAGCACUGGUUCCUGAAGUCAAUGGGUUUUUGG